UAGCAGUAUUCGAAUAUCCAUAUUACUUUAUUGAAGAAAAUAGCCUUUGUCGCUAUAUCCCUCACUCUUUAUAUUCAAAUACUACUUUAUUAAAAUUUUUCUAAACUUAGUAACACAUAUUUCUAUCAUAUAAUGCAAAUCCUAUGGAAUUAAAAAUAGGGCUCACAGAUGACUGUAUGAAAACACUGAUUCGUUUACAAAGCAGGGUCCUUGGAAUGAAUUUCCUUACAUUGGAAAGGCAAAUUUUUUCCCCUACAAAAAAAAAAGAAAAGAAUGUAGUGCUGAUUAUGUGCAGAUGAAAAGCAGUACCUAGUGAAAAAUCGUCACUGGUAAGGUUAUUAAUUAUUUUUAUAGAGGAUGGAGGCACCUGGAGAAAUAAAUGAAAAACAUUUAGAUACUGAUCUCCAUACUAAAGCAUUUAAUACUGGCACAAAUGUACAAGCUUUAACUCAUGUGGAUAAAAAAGGUUUUUCAUGUUACGACUGUGGUAAGGCAUUUGCACUGAUAUCUGGUUUAAAAAGACAUUUCCUAACUCACAUAAAAGAAAAACCUUAUGCUUGCGAUGUAUGCAAUAAACAGUUUUCACUAAAAAGUAAUUUAAAAAUACAUUAUAGAAUUCAUACAAAUGAAAAAGCCUAUUCUUGUGAUGUGUGCUGCAAAGGAUUUUCUACGAAGCUUCACUUAAAAGAUCAUUAUCGAAUUCACACAAAUGAAAAAACCUAUUUUUGUGAUGUGUGCUGCAAAGGAUUUUCUAGGAAGGGUCACUUAGAAGAACAUUAUCGAACUCACACGAACGAAAAACCUUACUCUUGUGUGAUAUGCAACAGAGAAUUUUCUCAAAAAAGCACUUUGAACCGACAUUAUCUUGUUCAUACAAAUGAAAAACCCUUUUCUUGUGACAUCUGCAAUAAAGGAUUCUCGAGUAAAUAUAAUUUAGAUGUACAUUAUCGAAUUCACCCAAAUGCACAUUACCGAGUUCACACAAAUGCAAAGUUCUACUCUUGCAAUAUAUGUGGUAAAAAGUUUUCUCUAAAACGUGGUUUAGAUAGACAUACUCUUUUUCAUACAGAUGAAAAACCCUACUCUUGCUCUGUAUGCGGAAGAAAGUUUUCAAGGAAGGAUUAUUUAAAGCACCAUUAUCGAACUCAUACAAGUGAAAGACCCUAUUCUUGUGAUUUUUGCAAUAAACAAUUUUCUUAUAAAUCUAAUUUAGAUAGGCAUUUGCGGACUCAUACAAUAAAAGAAUCUGCAUCUUUUAUUUGUUCCUGAUAGCAUGACAUUUCACAGUGUAAUAAUAUUAAACAUUUUCUUAUUCAUACUGAUGAUAGACACUGCUUUUUGUUUUUGUACAUUAAAGAAUUUUCGUACAGUGGUACUUGACUUCAACAUUUGUACACUCAUGCAUAAGAAUAUAUGUAUGUAUAUUUAAUAAAUGUCGAGGAAAAUUCUUUUGAAAAAGAAUUACAAAAUAAACAUUUUGAUGUUCAUGCAAAUGGAAAAGU